UUGCAGAAACUAUAGUUGGUACAUCAAAAGAUUAUUAGACAAGUGUAUGCUGGUAUAGAGGUAGGUAGGAUUCGAGCACUACCAAGAACCGACUAGAUGGCCAUCCCGAGACCAACUAGUCAUAGAAUUCUUAGUACCCGCUAAUAAUCUGCUCUGGAAGAAUAAUGGUCGUGGGAUACAACAAGUCUCUGGUAGCGAUCAUGUUGGUGCAAAACUAGGCGCCUUCGUACCCUAUUUAGCUCUAGGUACCGUUAAAUAGAACAAUGACACCAACGCACAUAAACAUGCUCCUCCCUCUAGAAACACAGAAUUCAACUCACCUCCAAUUUCAAUCCAAGAUCAGUACUCGCAAACAUGUCUACCUCCUGGUUCUCUUAGAUGCCGCCAUCUUGGAAUCUUACUAGUGGACCACUGGAAAAGUUCGAAUUCUUUCCGAGACUGCCAGUUGAGAUUCAACUACAGAUAUUUCGCCAUGCCAGUUGUGUCCCACGCAUAAUCGAAGUGGAAAAACUCUGCUGCAAUAAUUUACGCCACCGUCGUGGGAAUGGAUAUAGAAUCGCUGCUAAGUCUCGAAAGAUACCUCCGAUACUUCAAGUUUCUCGUGCUAGCCGAGCUGAAGCGGAGAAGUUUUACGCGAAAAGAUUCGUCUCCCAAAAGAGGAAGCAACAAACACAAUACAUCUGGUUCAACAACGAUUUCGACAUUUUGUUAUUUGGAAAAGAUACUGACGCACUGAUGAUGACGCACGUUUUCCGUGACGAAGUUGGAUUCAGCAACGUCGCCUAUUUAAUCGGGGACCAGGAUGUAGACCCUAGGUACGUAUUCCCGUCAAGUAUCAUGGGGGCCUUGCACGGUUGUCUCCAACAUGAUGGUCUUCUUGGGCGUCCUUAUUUCCAGCCUGGAUGUCAAGGCCUGAAGAACGUCUUUCUUGUGCUACGUUCUGAUGUCUGGGAUGUUCCUCAUGGUGAAGUGGACGCGAAUGUUACCUUUCGAACACCAAGACUCGAAGGCCGAUCCGAAAACGCUAUCGCUACAAGAAGCAGGUUCGAAAGUAUCCUGAAAGAGUGCACAUCUGGAAAUGGUCUUGAUCACUGGGCCCGCUCCAAUGGCUACCGUCUGAGCGCUGAACAAGAAAAAACAGGCAUAAUGGUAGAGAACAAAUGGACCAGCGCAGACGAGAUGCCGCAGUUUCACUUUGUCAACUUCGCGCCGAUGACCACAAUACAACGCCCCGAGAUCCUGGACGGUGUUGUUUUGUGUCGAUACUUUUAUGACUGUCUGAUCCGAAACCUCGACGAGACAGCUUGAGACGCAAUUUAUCAACGACAUGGUUUCCGGCUGCAGACAAUGACUAUUUCUCAAACGGGCGACAAUGCUGAAAUAGGCAUAUAUCUCAAGGAUAUCAA